AAAUGAAUCGCUACGUUUUAAGGGAAAAUUAUAAAUUUCCAUAUGGUUUUUCUGGGAGCAAAACCCUUUGAUAAUGGCGACAGAAGACAGUAUGGAUGACGAUGUCUUUGAGAGCUUAGAGGAUACGGUCGCACAUUCUAAUCUACAGGUUAACCAAAACGCAUACAAUAGGUCCACCCCAUCACCAACAGGUUAUCGCGAUUACAAACCUCCCGCGGAGGUUCUGAAACUUUGCGAAACAGACACUAUAGAAGAAUGCAAUCAAAUAAUUCACAAGACAAUACUACUUGGUGACAGCGGUGUCGGAAAGACAUCCUUGUUAGUAAAGUUCGAUACUGGUAAAUUUCAACCAGGAAACUUCUCGGCGACUGUUGGAAUCGGAUUUACAAACAAGGUGGUAACGGUCGACAACUCGAGGGUGAAAUUGCAAAUAUGGGAUACGGCCGGACAGGAGCGGUUUAGAAGCGUAACCCAUGCCUAUUAUAGAGACGCACAUGCGCUUUUGCUGCUGUAUGACGUGACCAAUAAGACGAGUUUUGACAAUAUAAGAGCGUGGCUGGGGGAAAUUAGGGAGUACGCACAAGAUGAUGUCGUUAUCAUGUUAAUAGGAAAUAAAUGCGACUGCGGAACGGACAGAGUGAUUCGAAGAGAAGACGGUGAGCGACUCGCGAGGGAGUACAAUGUAGCCUUUAUGGAAACCUCUGCAAAAAGUGGAGUUAACGUAGAGCUCGCCUUCAUGGCCAUCGCGAGGGAAUUAAAGCGGCGACAAAGCGGCAAUAAAGACAGUAAUAGAUUUAGUGUUCAAGACUACGUUAGGGAAGAAACUGAUAAAACCCCGUGUCCUCCGUGCGGUAACUAAAUUGCGCCAAUUUGAAAAUGUAUCAUCGGUCAUUUCGUUUCCAUCAAAAAUUCAUGUACCUCUAUGCUUCAAACAAAUCUGUCUGUAUCUAAGGAGUUUAGAUUUCCAAAACGUGUUAAAGAAUGUAAAAGCCCUCGAUGUGAAGUUAUUACUGUGACAGAAAAUUAUCAAUAAUAAUGAAUUACGCUUAUUGUACUAUUUAUCUGUAUUUGGAAGUAUUUAACCAUUUUUAUGACCAACAAUUAGCAAAAAAAAAAAACGAUUCAAUUAAGAAGCAUAUCCCGCGUUUUUGUUCCCUAGGUAUCUAGCUGUAAAUUCUGUUUGUUAAAAAUGAAGAGAGAUUUAUGAAUAUAUCAUUAGUUAUUAAAUUAGGUGAUUAUAUAAUCUGUUAUUGGUCUACUGCAUGCGGAAGCCAUGGUUUACAAACACUGCUUCCGCUUGAGGUACGAGCACUUUAUCUAUGAGCUUUA